AUGCUUGUCAUAUCAGUAGGGAUGAACACGAACUGGGGUGAAAUGAUGAGCCAAAUCAGCCAAGACAACAAUGAAAAGACACCUUUGCAAGCACGUUUAGACAAGCUAACUUCGUCCAUAGGUAAAGUUGGUUUGGCAGUUGCUUUCUUUGUUCUUGUAGUCAUGUUGGUCCGAUACUUCACAGGGAAUACAGAGGAUGAGAAUGGAAACAAAGAGUACAAUGGCAGCAAGACAAAAUCUGAUGACAUAAUAAAUGCCGUCAUUGGGAUUGUAGCAGCUGCCGUUACAAUUGUUGUGGUGGCAAUUCCAGAAGGUCUACCAUUAGCUGUGACUCUCACUCUUGCUUAUUCCAUGAAGAGAAUGAUGGUCAAUAACGCAAUGGUGCGGAAGCUCUCUGCUUGUGAGACCAUGGGAUCUGCUACAACAAUUUGUACAGACAAAACAGGUACUCUGACCAUGAACCAGAUGAAGGUGACUAAGUUUUGGUUGGCGAAAGAAUCUGUGGAAGAAGAAGCUUAUUCAUCUAUUUCUCCUUAUGUUCUCGACUUGAUCCAAGAAGGGGUUACUCUCAAUACAACUGGUAGUGUGUACAGGCCUAGCUUGGAUUCCGAAGUUGAGAUCUCUGGCAGUCCAACGGAAAAGGCCAUUCUUUCAUGGGCGGUACAUGGGUCAAUGAUGGAUAUGGAGAAAGUGGUGAAGACUUGUAGCAUUCUCCACGUCGAAGCCUUUAAUUCGAAGAAGAAACAGAGUGGAGUUCUGGUGAAGAGAAAGGCAGAUAACUCCAGGCAUGUACACUGGAAAGGAGCAGCAGAGAUGAUACUAGCAAUCUGCACAAGUUACUACAAUGCUUCUGGACUUGUUAAGGAUAUGUAUGUGAAUGAAAAAAGGAAGUUUGAGCAUAUUAUUCAAGGUAUGGCAGCUAGCAGCCUCAGAUGCAUAGCGUUUGCACAGAAACAAGUUCCAGCAGAAGAGCGACUAAAUGCAGACCAGAAAUUUGUGUUAAAGGAAGAUGGAUUAACCCUAUUGGGACUUGUGGGUCUUAAGGAUCCAUGCCGUCCAGGUGUGAAGAAAGCAGUUGAAGAAUGUCAAUAUGCAGGGGUGAAUGUCAAAAUGAUUACUGGCGACAAUGUUUUCACGGCAAAAGCCAUAGCUACUGAAUGUGGAAUACUCGGGGCUAGUCAGGACAUGUUCGGAGGAGCAGUGAUUGAAGGUGUGGAAUUCCGCAACUACACGCCAGAAGAGAGAUUGGAGAAAGUUGAAAAAAUUUGUGUGAUGGCCAGGUCUUCUCCUUUUGAUAAGCUUCUAAAGGUGCAAUGCUUGAAGCAGAAAGGUCAUGUUGUUGCAGUUACCGGUGAUGGCACCAAUGAUGCACCAGCACUGAAAGAAGCUGAUAUAGGACUUUCCAUGGGGAUUCAAGGAACAGAAGUUGCCAAAGAAAGCUCAGAUAUUGUGAUCAUAGAUGAUAACUUUGCUUCAGUUGCUACAGUUUUGAUGUGGGGAAGAUGUGUGUACAAUAAUAUCCAGAAGUUCAUCCAAUUCCAGCUCACCGUCAAUGUUGCAGCUCUUGUGAUCAACUUCGUAGCAGCAGUUUCAGCAGGUCAGGUCCCUUUAACAGCAGUUCAAUUAUUGUGGGUAAACUUGAUCAUGGACACACUUGGAGCUCUUGCUCUAGCCACAGAAAAACCGACAAGAGAACUUAUGGAAAAGCCACCAGUGGGCAGGACAGCGCCUCUCAUCACAAACAUCAUGUGGGGGAACCUCUUGCCUCAAGCACUGUACCAGAUAACUGUUCUCUUGAUCUUACAAUUCAGGGGCAAAGCAAUCUUCGGUGUCGGUGAUAAGGUAAAGGACACAUUGAUCUUCAACACUUUUGUGCUUUGCCAGAUCUUUAAUGAGUUCAAUGCAAGAAAGCUAGAGAAGAAGAAUGUCUUCAAGGGAAUACACACCAACAAGUUGUUUAUGGGGAUCAUCGUGGUGACAAUUGUUCUUCAGGUUGUGAUGGUGGAGGUUCUCAAGAAAUUUGCAGAUACAGAGAGGUUGAAUUGGGGACAAUGGGGUGUUUGCAUUGGGAUUGCAGUCAUCUCUUGGCCAAUUGGUUGGCUAGUCAAGUGUAUUCCUGUUCCAGAGAAACCCAUAUUCAGCUAUCUGAAGAUGAAGAAAAAUAAGCAUUCAGUUUGAAAUAAACUGGCCGGAUAAUCAUCAUGCAGG